AUGCAGAACAGACAGGGGUACUGCAGCUAUUGCUGUGUGCGCUAUAAUAACCUGGAACAGCAUAUGUCCAGUGCUCAGCACAGAUACUUGACUACACAGAAUCGACAGCGGAUGGGUACCACUAGUUUGAUGGAACGUUUCUUGCAGGAUGUACUCCGGCACCACCCAUAUCAUUCUCAAGAAAGCAGAUCAAUGCAAAAUGAGAGACUUCUUACGAAUACUGCGUCACCUACCGUGUCACCUACUGCGUCACCCUCUGAAGUGGUUACUGUUGAUGAUUGUAUUUCUGAAGAAAUGACUGAUGAUGCUGCUGGUGUCAAAGGAGAGAGCUCCCCCAAGGGUUUUGAACCUAGUAAAGAGUUACAUUCUAGACCUAGUAAAUCUCAGGAAUAUAUACAGGGGGUUUCAGUUAGACCAUCGGUUAUCCAAAAACUGGAGAAGGGACAGCAGCAGCCCUUGGAGUUUGUUCAUAAAAUUGGGAGUGGUGUGAAAGAAUUUAAUCCAGUUGGUAUUGGUCAAGCUACAAAUAAUAGACAGAGCUUAAUAUGUCCCUCGGUGAUUUCUAGUGCUCCUGCUAGUUGUUUACCUGGAAGUUCCUAUGACAGACCGGUUACAACUAAAACGACUAGGUCACCAGCAGCAGCCAGUUUGGGUCCAGUCAGAAAAUGUGACCCAAACAAAGUUGACAGAUACCUUGAACAGCCAGACAGGGGCUCUAGAAAUUCUGUGCUAUCAUCCAGUCUAGAAACUUCUUCAGUUUCAUAUCAGAAACCUAAAGAAUCAGACAGAAAAUCUUUAUGUACAAAUUCAGAUAAAUUGAUUAUACGGGAAGAUGUAAAGUCUCAGUGUAAAACUUUGUCAACUGGCGCUAAAGUCCGUGAAUUUAUGGGUACUGAAGGCUCUUUAAAAUCUGAAUCUCUUUCCAAAUUGGCUGUAAACCAAGCAAUCAAUGUGAAUAAAACUGGUAUGCCUUCUAAUAAAGGACUCUUUGAAGAUGCUGCUGCAAAGCACCGUGAGAAAUUCUUUUCAGGUAUGGAUCAGACCCAAGAGGAAAAGCAUUUGGUUUUUAAUAAGUCAGCCUUUUUGGAACAGAAGAGCUCAGUGAUUUCUGAAACAAAGUUUGCUCGUGGCUGUCUUCAGUCAGCAUGUAAUCAACCCGAAGAGGCUGCACAAGACCUUUGGAAGGAAGAGCAAGUUGACCAAGAAGAUAAAAACUAUGAAUCGAGAGCUUCUGAAAUGAGUUUUGACUGCAGUUCUUUUCAUUCACUGACUGACCAGUCUAAAGUGACGGCCACAGAAGUAAAUGUUUCAGAGGAAGUAUAUGCUGAUCUGCAGUGUAAGAAUGAUAAAUCUUAUGUUUCUGAAGUAAGUUCUGAUGGUGCUGGCUCUCUUCAGUUGGCUACCAACCGGACUCAAGUAAUUGUUAAAGGUGUAAGUGCUCAGAAGGCAAAGCCUAUUAGCCUGGUUGAUGAAAGCUAUGAAUCUAGUGAUUCUGAGAUUAAUUUUGAUUGUGAUGCCUUACUUCAAUCACCUGAUGACUACCCCCGACAGCCUGCAAAAGAAGGAAACCUUUCUAAGGAGGAACACCUUGACUUGGUUGAUAAGAACUAUGGAUCUAGUAGCUCCGAAAUAAGUACUGAUUCUGCUUUGCCUCUUCAGUCGCUGGGUGACCAACUCCCAGUGGCUGUCACAGAAGCAAAACUUCAGAAGGUUCACAUUGGCUUGGUUGAUAAGAACUAUGGAUCUAGUUGUUCUGAAACAAGUACUGAUAAUGAUGUUUCUCUUCAGUCAGUAGUUGACCAUCCCCAACUGGUUGUCAAAGAAAGAAGCCUAAAGGAUAGGCAUGUCUAUCUGAAAGAUAAGAGCCAUACAUCCAGUAGUGCUAAAGAACAUCUUGAUUAUGUGGUCUCUCUUGACACAGUGACGGAUGAAUCUCAGAGGGCUGUUGAAGAAAUAAGUCUUCUGGAAGAGAAGAAUGAGCCUGUGGAUAUGAACUAUGAUUCUCAUGGUUCUGAAAUGAGUUUCCACACAGAUGCUCGAUUAAUGGCUGGCCAAUCAGGAGUAAUAGUUAAAAAAGUAAACCUUCGAGAAGUACCUGUUGACCUGGAGGAUAAGAGUGUUAAGUCUAGCAAUUCUGAUCAGAGUUUUGAUUCUAAUGCUUCUCUUUAUCAAUCGGUUAGUGAUCAGCGUCAAGGGGCUCUGGGUGAAAUAAGCCUGAAAGAGUUAAAUUUUGAUAUGGAAGUUAAGAGCUAUGGAUGCUCCAGUUCUGAGCUGACUUUUGAAUCUGAUCCCCCUGCUAGGUCAGGUACUGAGCAGUCUGAGAUGGACAUUGAAGAAAUAAGAAAAAGGCACAUUAAUUUGGAAGAUCACUGUGGUUCAAAUAGUUCUGGAAUAACUUUUGAUUCUGAUACUGCUUCCCGCUCAGGAGGUGACCAGUCUCAAGUAGCUAUUUAUGUGGAGGAACCUAGUCCUCUGGAAAAUAAGACUCCUAAGUCUUGUGUUUCUGAAGUAACUUUUGACUCUGGCAUACCUGUUCAGUCGGGAAUGAAUCAACCUGGGCUAGCUGUUAAAGAAGUAAUCGUUCAGAAAGAAGACUAUAUCCACUUGGGAAGGAAGAAUGUGGAGCCCAGUGGUUCUGAAAUAAGUCUGGAUUUUUAUGUCCCUCCUCAUUCAGUGAUUAACUCUCCUGAAAUAGCUUUGGAAAAGCUAAAUCUUCAAAAAGAAGAGCAGAUCUACCUGGAAAGUAAGGUAAAUGAACCUAGUGUUUCUGAAUUAAGCUUGGAUUAUAUUUUUCAUUCAAUUACUGGACAUUCUAAAGAUCCCCUUCAAGAAGUCAACCUUCAGAAAGAAGAGCACAUACACUUAGAAAAUAAAGAUAAGGAAAGUGAAUUAAGUGUUUAUGAAACAGGUUUGGAUUCUGGUAUCCACCUUCAUCAGUCAGUGACUCAGAAGCCUGAAAUAGCCGUUAAAGAAAUAUGGCUUCAAAAAGAAAAGCUUGUUAAAUUCAAAAGUCAAAGUGCUAAAUUUAGUGGUUCUGAAACAGGUUCUGAUGUACCUCAUUAUUUAGUGCCUGAACCUCAGAUAGCUGUCGAAGAAAUCAGUGUUCAGAAAGAAGAACAUGUUCUAGAAAAGCGUGACAAAUACAGUAGCUCUGGAAUAAUGUUUGAUGCUGAUGUCCCUCCUCAGUCAAUGACUGAAACACCUCACAUCGCUGUUUUGAAGGAGGACCGUGUUGACCCGGAAGAUAAAAACAGUGAAUCUAGUCAUUGUAAGGUAAGGUUUGAUUAUGGUGACCCUCUUCGGCCAUUGACUGGGCAAUUUCAGGAAGUGGUUAGGAGAACAACCCUGUGGAAGGAAGAGGAUAUUGGACUGCAAAAUAAAGUGUUUGAAACUAGUGGUUCUAAAUUAAUCCAUGGUUCUGGUGUUUCUCUUCAGCCCGUGGCUGAUCAGCCUGAAGUGGCUGUUAAACGAGUAAACCUUGAGAAUGAAGGUCAUGUGAAUGUGGAAGAUAAGCACAGCCAAUGUAGUGGUUCUGAAAUGAGUUUGGAUUCUGAUUUCUUGGUUCAGUCCAUAGUUGAUCAACCUCAAAUAACUAUUUUGGAUCAGGACCAUAUUGAGCUAGAAGAGAAGCACAGUCGGUCUGGUGGUUCUGAAAUAAGUUUUGAUUCUGAGGAUCCUCUUCAGUCAGUGGCUGACCAGGUUAGAAAAACCGUUAAAGAAAUAAGCCUUUGGAAGGAUGAAAGGGAUGAAGGUGAUGUGGAAGAUAAGAGGGAUGAAUCCAAGGGUUUUGAAAUUGUGUAUGAUUCUGAUAUCCUUUUUCAGUCAGUGGCUGGCCAAACUGAAGAAGUCGUUAAGGAGAUCAACCUUUGGAAGGAGCACGUUGACUUGCAAGGGAAGAUUGUGGAACCUAUUGGUUCUAAAAUAAAUUUUGAUGCUAAUGAACCUCUCCAUUCUGUGGCCAAUGAAAUUCAAGAGGCCAUUACAGCAGAAAUAAAUCUUCUGAGGGAAGGGCAUGUCUGUCUGGAUGAUAAGGGCUAUGAACCCAACGAUUCUGAAAUAAUUUAUGUUUCAGAUAUCCCUCUUCAGUCCGUAGUUGAGCAGCCACACAUUUUGGAAGGGGAACAUGUCAACUUGGAAGAUAAGAGCAAUGUUUCUUGUCCCGAAAUAACUUUUAUUUCCGAUGAUCAUCUGCAGUCAGUGGCUGACCAGCUUCAAAAAUCUGUUAAAGAAGUAAGUCUUUGGAAGGAAGACCGUAUUUACCUGGAAGAUAAGAGCUAUAAACUUGGUGACUUCGAAGUAAGUUACGAUUCUGAUGUUCCUGUUCACUUUGUGGCUGAUCAGUCUCCUCUGACUGUCAAAGAAAUAAACUCGCAAAAGAGGGGUCAUACUGACCUAGAAAGUAAGAGCUGUGGACCUAGUGUUUCUGAAAUAAAAUGUGAUUCUGGUGUUCAUUUUCAGUUAGAAGUUGACCAGUCUCAAGUGGUGUGCAAAGAAAUAGAUCUUCCGAAGGAACGGCAUCUUGGCAUGGAAGUAAAGAGCAGUGAACCUAGUGAUUCUGAAAUGAUGUGUGAUUCUGAUGUUCCUCUUGAAAUAGUGGUUAACGAACUUCAGGUGUCAGUUAAAGAAGCAAAUCUUCGGAAGAUGCUCUUUGUGGACCUGGUGACCAGUGAUAGUGAUUGUGAAGUGAUUGCUGAGUCUGAUACCCCUUUUCAGCCAGUGAUUGACUCCCCUCACAUGACUGUCAAAGAAAUCGAUUGUAUAAAUACGGAAGAUUUUGAUCUAGGUGAGUGCUGUGACUCUUGUGAUUCCGAAGUAGGAUAUGUUUGUGAAGCAUCUCCUCCAUCAAUGACAAAUGAACCCAAAGAGACUUUCAAAGUAGUAAACCAGAAGAAAGACUAUAUUAUUCUCCAAGAGUCCAGCUGUGAGUCUUACGGUUCUGAAAUAAAAUUUCAAAUCGAUCCCCCAGAUAGGUCUGUGACUUACCCAUUGCAAGGCUCUGAUAAAGAAAUGGUGACAUUUGUUGACUCAGAAGCUAAGAGUUGUAGACCUCAUAGUCCUAAGACACACUUUAAAUGGGAAGACAAUUCUGAGCCUGUGACUAGCAAACUUCAGAAAGCUGAUAAAGGAAGCAACUUUUGUCACAGGAAAGACGAAAAUACUGGCCGAAAAGAUAAGCACUGUGAAUCGAGGGGGUCUGCGGCGACUCGCAAAGCCUCUCCUGGGUCAGCAGGCCGUCAAAGGGCUGGUAAAGGAAACCCGAAGUUAAAACAUGCAGAUCGAGAAAGUAGGAGCUGCGAACCAUGCGGUUCUGGGAUGAGUUUUCAGUGUGAUCGCUCUCUUCAGUCUGAUAGUGGCCAGCCUCAACAAGCUGUUAGUAAAAAGGAAGGAUUUAAGAAGAGGUCUGUGGACCUAAAAGGAAAAAAAGGCGAUUCCCGUUCAGGCCCUGUUCUCAGGGUUUCUUCUGUAAGGAACCGGGAAAAAGCAAAGGAGGUCAUAGAAGACAAUCCCGAUGAACCAGUUCUCGAAGCCUUGCCUCAUGUCCCUCCUUCAUUUGUAGGCAAGACAUGGUCUCAGAUAAUGAGAGAAGAUGACAUGAAAAUUAAUGCUCUGGUGAAGGAAUUCAAGGAAGGUCGUUUCCACUGCUACUUUGAUGACGACUGUGAGACCAGGAAAGUAAAAAAAAAAAAUUUGAAUAAAGGAAAAAAGAUUACCUGGGCUGACGUUAGUCAGGACACUGCAGCAAUUCAAGUUUUUUCAGAUGGUGAUGAUAAUGCAGGUGGCAUUUCAGAUACUGAUGACUUUUCAGUGGCCUUAGAUAAACCUAGCCAUCAUCCUACAGCAAAGAGGCCUUAUGAACAAUCCUGGCGAGUGGCUUCUCGAUGCCAGGCUGUAAAAGUCAGCCAUGGAACUCAAACCAAUCUCACAAAAGAGUCAGCGACAAAAGCAAGUGGACCAGAGGAAGACUCGCCAACAAGGAAGCGUUUACUUUUACAGAAAGACAGAAAAAUGAGAAACAGAGUGCAAAUUGGAACACUUGAAUUUCCUGAAACAUGUACUAAAGUUUUGAAGCCUUUGCAACCCAAUGCCUUAGUCUAUGUUAUUUCUUCAAAUAUGAAGUUUCAGAAUGGUGAAUCCUUCAACUUUGCUAAAAAGUACCUUGGUGGCAGAAGUAGUCGAGAUGUUAGCAUACAGUACAAAUAUAAGCGGAGGUCCUUUGAUUACUAUGACCCAUUGAAUAAGAAAAUUGUAACGAAUCCUCCAGAAUCUGACAGAAAUAACUGGCUUCAAAUUCACUUGAGCGACCUAAGCUCCAGUUCAGAUGAAGAUGGUCCUGCAGAAGGCUUUGAUCCAACAGGCAUUUUGACGCUAAGAGAUGAACUAAUGGCCUAUCCGGGGGCGCGUAUUUCUCCCGAACGUGUGCCAAGACCAGGGACUUCGAGUGCUAGGCAAGUUCCAUCGGGAAGUAAUUUCCAGUCAACUCCUGUAGGCGGCGAUGCUGCCAGAACCUCCCCCAAAUCAGCCACACGGAAGAUACUGGAAGGUAAAAAGAAGAUUCAGAGAAGGAAGAUGAAAACUAGCAAGCCAGGUUUCCCCCAGAAGGUUUAUAAACCAAUUAUUCUCCACCAAAAACCGAGAAUCGCUUCCGAAAAACCGUCCAUUUGGAUUCGGACCAAACUAAGUGAUAUAAUUAGGAAGUAUAUUUCAAAAUACUCUGCUUUUUUGCGUCGCAAAUAUCAGUCCAGGAGCGCCUUUAUUCGACUGCAUCUUAAGAAAAAAUGCGACGUCACUAAGUCAAAGAAGGCGAAGAAACCAGCGAAAAUGCCUUUGGGCUCACCGGCUCCCUCGGGGCCGCCGGGGCCACCGGUUCCCUCGGGGCCACCGGGGCCGUCGGUUCCCCCGGUUCCCUCGGGGCUGCCGGUUCCCUCGGUUCCUUCGGGGCUGCCGGUUCCGUCCGUGGCGGCUGCUGAGGGGCAGUUGGGAGCAGUCCCUAGCUGUUCUCCCAAGCCACCUGUGCAGAACUCUUGGCCCGCUGCAGGAAGAAAGCGGAAUGGUACUAAAAAACGCCCUAGGAAGAGAAGAAGAAAGCCUUUUAGACCUGUUAAAAUAUAUGCUUUGAGAAGCUUAUAUUCUCAGGUACCGUACUCUGAUAGGAUGAGGACUCGGCUGUCAGACAAAUCGCCAGCUAAUGAGGCCACCUAG